AUGGAUUUACUCUCUAUUGAUGAUUUCAAAGAUUCUGAACUUGGUCCAAAUUGCAGCGUCUUCGAUUAUUUGUUAGAGGUAACAAGAGUUGCCGAGGAUAAGCUGAAAAAGGAAAACUUCAAGAUCAAACAAGAGGAGGUGGAUUGCAUGCCGAUGAAGAACUUAGACAAGAAUUCUGAUCUAGAAAGGGAACUUGAAAGCAAACUUAGACAAGAGGAAGGAUUGAAAUUGAGGAGAAGUAAGACAGAAAAACCACUUUGCCCCAACCCACCGCCAGAUUUGCCCGAAAACUUCAAAGAGCAUAUCGCUAGCAAGAUGGGUGGUUCGGAUUGGCUUCUGGUGAUACAAAAGCCAAUCUUUUUCUCUGACGUAAACCGUGGAGCCAAUCGCUUGUCCAUACCAUUCUCCCAAAUCCAAAGACAUGAAUUUCUCUGCAAAGAAGAGGUAGAGUAUUUGAAUGAUAAAAAGGAUAUGCAAGUGCGCUUGGUAGAACCAUCAUUGGAGGAGACUACGCUGAGUUUUAGGAGGUGGAACAUGACGAAAAGCUCAAUGUAUGUUCUGACCAAAACGUGGAAUUCGGUUGUUAAGAAUAAUCAACUCAAGAUUGAUGAUGUGGUGCAGCUGUGGUCUUUUCGAGUUGAAUCAAGUCUUUGCUUUGCGCUUGUAAAGGUUCACGAUGCGCGGCAAGGAAGCGAAGAAUGGGUUAGGCAUAAUGAAACCGGUGCAAGUUCAAGUCAUCGAGAAGAGGGACUUGGUGGUUGGAGAAGGAUGAGAUGCGAAGAUGGUUCGGGUGCAAGCUGUAGCAGAGAUGGUGAAAGAACAACGCAAGAAUAG